GCGACCUUCUUUAUUAAUGACUGCGGCAAAGCGCCCCCGGGCCGGUGAGGGGGCGCGGGCGGGCGGGGGCGCGCCAGGGCUGCAACUUGCCCCGCGGGCUCUGGCCGCGCGGAGGGUCUGCGGCGGGAGACAGCAGUGGUGGGGAGGUCGUUCCGCCGGGGAUGGGCGUUCAGAGGACCUGGAGCUAUCUGCCCUCCUGUCGCCCUGAGUUUCAUUUUGUUGAUACGCAGCACGUCCGGCCGCCGAACCGGGCUGAGCCGGUGCACAUGACUCCGCGCUGGGCUCACGUGCAGCCGGUCCGGUCCCAGACACCUUCCGGGGGCCACCGCCUCCGCCCUGUCGCCCCCUCUCUGGGUUGGGUGCACGCGGGCGCUGCACGCGGGGGCAGCAUGCUUAGCUCCCGGGCGCGGAGGCUCUGCACAAAUUAAACACAGUGUUUUGGAGGGGCGGGGGACACCCUUUCCAGGUGAGUAUGCCGGGUGUGCAGCCCCGACGUACCGGGCGGGGGCUGGGGUCGGGGGCAGCCCCCCCCCCCUUCGGGGCUGCGCGGGAGACCGGCGGGGGAGAAGCGCUAGGAGAGUGGAAAUGUACCGGCUGCGGCCGGAGCGGCGGGUGCGCGCCCGCGGGGCGACGGCAGGGGGCGUGGCCCUUGUUUACCUUCUCCCAACUCUGCCGGUUCGCGUCCCGCUUCGGGGACGGUACUGCAGUCCCCUGCCCUCCGCCUCCGUCUCUGCCCCGUGGGUGGUACCGGGAAGAUGUAGGCAAGUGGCAGUCUCAGCCCGGGACAUACACACCUGACCCUCAAAUAAGUGGCACUGCAGCCCCAGCCCCCACCAAGCACCGCUGCAGUCCCUCUCCCGGAUCCCCGGCCGCGCCCCGCCCCCGGCAGUGGCAUCUUCCCGGCCUCACCUCCUUCCUCCCUCUCUCCCUCCCUCCUUCCCACCCACUCGCCUGCGCCUGCGGAGCGGCACCCGCCCGCUUCCUCCCCGCCUGGCUGCAGACUUGUGGCUCCCUCCGGUCCCUUCCCGCCUAUCCCUGAGCUUAAAGACACUCUAGUCUCCAGGCCAAGGGAUGAGAAGGGGUCAGCUUGGCGACUCGUAGCUGUUAUAUCAGAAGGUGGGGAUGUCUGCUAGACAGGAAGGCUUCGCUGUGGCUUCCAGAGGCCCAGGACACCCCACACACAACCAGUCCCCCGCCACACGUAGCUGCCCACUUCCCUAGAGGCUCGGCUCCUCUUACCGGCUUCACCUAAAGCCCUCCCCACGCCCCAGGCGUCAGGUCCGCCGCCCCCGGCCCGAACCGCCUCUUGCCCUUCCUUCGCCUGGGCCGGAGCCCCCCACAGCCACCUCCGGCUCCUCCUCCCGGCUCCCGCGGUCGGAAUCACGCCGGCGCGCCUUCAGCCUGCGGUCCCGCGGACUGCCUCCAGGGGCAGGCUGGAGGCACGCGCCACCCCUCCUCCCAAUCUCCGUAGCCUCAACCGCGGCCCAGGACGCUUUUUUUUAACCACCUUGGCUGCAGGUCUCUUGUGCCAGGGGCUGUUGGGGGCGGGAGGGACCGUGUUUCCCUGUGCCCUGAGCCAAGGGCAUGCUGCGCCGGGCGACUCUGGUCUCUGCAGAUUUCCAGACUUUGCUCCCGCGCUUAGCACCCCUCGCUCAUCCACUGCGGAACAUAAAGUUUUACCCAGAGGCUGAGUUUUGUAGGGGGUUAUAGGGAGGCUCCUUGUCUGCACUCACAGCGGCGCUGAAGAGGAUUGGGGAGGGGCUGAAAGGGCAGGACUGGCCAGCCGCCUUUCCUUUGUUGGAAAGGGGAGGAGCCCUGAGUUUUGAGCCUAGACUGGCCGUCAGGAUGUCCCCUUAACGUUUCUGUUUGCAAACAAUCAGGGGCCCAGGUGGUGGUACGGCUGCCUGGCCCCUCCUCUCACAGUGGCAUUAACUCCCUCCCUUUACUGGUAAAAUUCCCAGUAGGACAUUUGGCAAAGGGGCCGUGCAAGGAGCUGCCAACCGGGCCUGGCCCUGUUUCCUGGGUUCCCAGGGUGCUGGCUUCUCCCCUACCCUGACUUCCUCUCUCACCUUAGGGCCCCAAGUGAACGAACCAUCCCUCCCGUCUCUUCUUCCUCAGGCGGGUUGGGACUUGCAAAGCGAUCUAACAAGCAGAGGAGGAAAAUAACAACAGAAUAACUGUAAGGGGAAGGAAUGAGUAAUAAAGUGGACCCAGGCAGGGAGGAGGGCUUUCAUGUUUAAGAGACGCUAUUUGCUUUUUAGGUCACAGGCUGCAAAACAGGCUUUGAUCCGAAGUGGGCGAAUAAUUUAUUGAGAAAGUUUGCAUGGUAGGGGAAAAAAGGGGAUGUUUGUUUGAUCUGGAGUCCUCAGCGUUGUCCCAAGUGCUGUUGGGUGUUUGGAGUGGAAAAGCAUUUGGUUCUACAGCAAAUCCCUCACAGAGGGAAGUCCUUGCCCCAGGCAGCAAGCCUUGCACUGAAUGUUAGUUUUGAAACUGUUUGGCCAAAGGUCUCUCCAGCACUUUUGGACAUGAAGUGUUUAAGGACAAAGUUGUUUGGACUUGGGAUGCAGCAAUGUUUCCAGAACAUUUCCCAUCCAGCAUGCUUUUCCUUUGCCUAAAUUGCUCAGCUAAAUGGCCAGUAACACUAAUCCAAGAGAGCUUCCACUUGGCUUUCAUUGGCAGGUGAGGUGGGACUGCUGGUCCCAGCCCCCAAGGUGCACCCCAGAAUUUUGAGAGUAGGCCUUUGACACUGACUACCACAUCUUUGAGGUAGCACUGGUGGGGGGGUGCGAGCUGGGUGUUCUGGCUAACUGGAGUUGCUGGUGACAGGGAGGAGGUUAUCUUAUACCCAAGACCCGGUUCAGUGACUUCCAGUCCAAAUUCUUCACAACUCAUCCAGCAAGCUCUUCGCAGACCUCACAGUUAGUUCUACCUUUAGGUGCUCCAGGGCAAGGUCAGGAUUGUGGGGAGGAGUUACCCCUGCCCUGCUUUGUCUUCCAUCCACAUAGGACCCUGACUGUGUGGCUCAAAGUUUAGGAACCCAGAAAGGUUCUCAGAUAACCCAUAGGAAUCUGGGGUACCCCAGCCACACUCUGGGCUACAACAGACCUGAGUACCAGCGGGAGGUGGUGGGGCGGGGUGGGGGGCAGGGUAUACCACCUGGCAGUCAGAUAACCUGUAUUUGAAUGCUAUAGCUUUGCAGUCACCAGCUGUGACAGUUGCUUUGUUCCUCACUUUCUUCAUCUGCAAGUGGGGUUAAUAACAGUCCCUACCCCAUGAUUGGUGUAUGGAUUGAGCAAUAUAUUGCAUAAAGAAGAUUAAACCCAAAGCCAGGCAUGUGGUAAGCACUUGAUUAGUAUUGGCCAUUUUUACUAUUAUUAAUGAUCUGGAGAGGGCCCAGAUAUAGCUUUGACCUUUGAUCUCUCCCCUUUAGGCUAGGCCAGAGAGCCAGCUCCCUUCCCUGAAGAAGGGCUCCGAAGGACCCUGCAGUGGCCAAUGGGCAGCCGUCUGUGGGAGCGAGCGGACUGAGCUUUGCCCUCUCUAAGGUGGAGGGUAGGGUGAGAAGGUGCAGAAGGACAAAGUAGACAAAGCCCCUUUCAUUCUUCCAGGAUCCCCUAGGGUCACCAGGAUAUAAGGGGAAACCCAGGGCUCGGCGCAAACAGACUUGUUGGAGUGGGUGGCAGUGACAGGCGCCCCAUGGGAUCCCAAGCAGAGGUGGGGACCCCGGUUGGCCAGCAGCUGGACUGAGCAGCAGGACUUCUCUUGACUGACACUGGCUCCUUGCCCUUUGCUUCGGGCAGUGAGGUGGCCCAGGUUCCAGACAAACAGGAAAGUGAUUGGAAAAUGCUAUGGGUCCUGAAUCCCAGAUCUGUUCUCGCAUUAGGACUCAGCUACUGACUAGCUGUGAGACGCAGGGUGGUGAACAAGCCCCUUGGGGUGCUCCCCUCCAAGAAGAGACAAAAGCAAGCCCUGCCACCCUGGACUCUGUGGGAUCCAAGGAAAUAGUGGGUGGGAAAGCGCUCCCCACAGGCAAGAGUUGACCCUGGCACAAAGGCAGCUCAGUGUGGGCUCAGGCAUUAAGACCACAUGGAUUCAAAUCCCAGUUCAGCCAGUUGGAGUCGGACAAGGCCCUGUGCCUCGGUAGUCAGGGAAGCCAAUGGCUUGGAGCUUCUGGGGGUGUUAAGAUCAUGAGCAGAGCCAGUGUUGUUAGAGGAAGGAGUUCAGUAUGGGGAGCUGCUCAUCCUACCUUGAAAUAAAAUCCUGUAGUUGAGAUAAAGGUGGUUAAUGUUAUUAUCUGGAGAAGGACAUUGCUUGAAGGAGGGCAGCCCAGCCUAGGACCAGUCCCCCUGGGCCGGGCGUGUCUCAGGAACCCAGCUUGGAGCGUCCCUCCUCCUAUGUCCUUUCCACACCCCUCUGGCCACCACCCUCCGAAUGUUCCUUCAGUGCUAUCUGAGCUGGCUUGUCUCUAAACUCAGGUGGCAUGGUCCCUCUGGAAGAAUCAGUCUUGUUUCCCCUUUCUGCAUCUCCUCUAGGGUGGGAGUGGAUUCUCUGGACGACCUGAGUUGCCUUGAGCGGAAGCUAGGGCUGAGCAGGCCCUAAUCAUUGUUCUGGGGCCACUGACUCCCUUGCCCUCCUUCUGUCAUCUUUGGCUGGACUCCUGCUCAUCUUGGGGCUCUGGAUUCAGGAGAUGGAAGAGAAGAGGCGAAAAUACUCCAUCAGCAGCGACAACUCUGACACCACUGACAGUCACGCUACAUCUGCUUCACGAUGCUCCAAACUGCCCAGCAGCACCAAGUCGGGCUGGCCCCGGCAGAACGAAAAGAAGCCUUCAGAGGUCUUCCGGACAGACUUGAUCACAGCCAUGAAGAUCCCAGACUCCUGCCAGCUCAGCCCGGAUGACUACUACAUCCUAGCGGACCCAUGGCGACAGGAAUGGGAGAAGGGUGUGCAGGUGCCCGCUGGGGCAGAGGCCAUUCCAGAGCCUGUAGUGAGGAUCCUCCCGCCGCUGGAAGGCCCCCCUACCCAGGUGUCCCCUAGCUGCUCUGAACUUGGCGAGGGCUCCCAGCCUGAUUGGCCUGGGGGCAGCCGCUAUGACCUGGACGAGAUUGAUGCCUACUGGCUGGAGCUCAUCAACUCGGAGCUCAAGGAGAUGGAGAGGCCAGAGCUGGACGAGCUGACGCUGGAGCGUGUGCUAGAGGAGCUGGAGACCCUGUGCCACCAGAAUAUGGUACGGGCCAUCGAGACUCAGGAGGGGCUGGGCAUCGAGUAUGAUGAGGACGUUGUCUGUGACGUGUGCCGCUCUCCCGAGGGCGAAGAUGGCAACGAGAUGGUCUUCUGUGACAAAUGCAACGUCUGCGUGCACCAGGCAUGCUACGGGAUCCUCAAGGUGCCCACGGGCAGCUGGCUGUGCCGGACAUGUGCCCUGGGUGUCCAGCCAAAGUGCCUGCUCUGCCCCAAGCGAGGAGGAGCCUUGAAGCCCACCAGAAGCGGGACCAAGUGGGUGCACGUCAGCUGCGCGCUGUGGAUUCCUGAGGUCAGCAUUGGGUGCCCAGAGAAGAUGGAGCCCAUCACCAAGAUCUCGCAUAUCCCCGCCAGCCGCUGGGCUCUGUCCUGCAACCUUUGCAAGGAGUGCACGGGCACCUGCAUCCAGUGUUCCAUGCCUUCCUGCGUCACAGCGUUCCACGUCACAUGCGCCUUUGACCAUGGCCUGGAAAUGCGGACUAUCUUAGCAGACAACGACGAGGUCAAAUUCAAGUCGUUCUGCCAGGAGCACAGUGACGGGGGCCCCAGGGGGGAGCCCACUUCCGACCCCGCGGAGCCCAGCCCGGCUGGCGAGGACCUGGAGAAGGUGACCGUGCGCAAACAGCGGCUGCAGCAACUGGAGGAAGACUUCUACGAGCUGGUGGAGCCGGCCGAGGUGGCUGAGCGGCUGGAGCUGGCUGAGGCGCUGGUGGACUUCAUCUACCAGUACUGGAAGCUAAAGAGGAAAGCCAACGCCAACCAGCCGCUACUGACCCCCAAGACCGACGAGGUGGACAACCUGGCCCAGCAGGAGCAGGAUGUCCUCUACCGCCGCCUCAAGCUCUUCACACACCUGCGGCAGGACUUGGAGAGGGUUAGAAAUCUGUGCUACAUGGUGACGAGGCGCGAAAGGACGAAGCAUGCCAUCUGCAAACUCCAGGAGCAGAUAUUCCACCUGCAGAUGAAACUGAUUGAACAGGACCUGUGUCGAGAGGGGUCUGGGAGGAGAGCAAAGGGCAAGAAGAGCGACUCGAAAAAGAAAGGCCGCGAGGGCCCAAAGGGCAGCCCUGAGAAGAAAGAGAAAGUGAAAGCGGGGCCUGACUCAGUCCUGGGGCAGCUGGGCCUGUCCACCUCUUUCCCCAUCGAUGGCACCUUCUUCAACAGCUGGCUGGCUCAGUCAGUACAGAUCACGGCGGAGAACAUGGCCAUGAGCGAGUGGUCACUGAACCACGGGCACCGUGAAGACCCCGCUCCAGGGCUGCUGUCAGAGGAGCUGCUGCAAGAUGAGGAGACACUGCUGAGCUUCAUGCGGGACCCAUCACUGCGCCCUGGGGACCCUGCCAGGAAAGCCCGGGGCCGCACCCGCCUGCCUGCCAAGAAGAAGCCACCACAGGAUGGGCCUGGCUCACGGACGAUUCCAGACAAAUCCCCCAAGAAGCCCUGGGGCCAGGAUGCGGGUUCCGGCAAGGGGGGGCAAGGGCCAGUGGCCCGGAAAGCAACACGGCGAACGCCUUCCCACCUGCCAUCUAGCCCUGCAGCUGGGGACUGUCCCAUCCCAGCAGCCCCCGAGAGCCCCCCUCUGGUCCCCGAGACCCCGGACGAGGCAGUCCCAAUGGCUGCUGACUCGAAUGUCCAAGUGCCUGGCCCUCCAGUGAGCCCCAAGCCCUUGGGCCGGCUCCGGCUGCCCCGUGAAAACAAGGGAACCCGGAGAUCGCCAGGUGCCAGGCCUGAUGCUGCGACAGGACCGCCCUCUGCUGUGGCCGAGAGGCCCAAGGUCAGCCUACACUUUGACACUGAGACUGAUGGCUACUUCUCUGAUGGGGAGAUGAGCGACUCAGAUGUGGAAGCUGAGGACAGUGGGGUGCAGCAGGCUCCCCGGGAAGCAGGGGCUGAGGAGGUGGUCCGCAUGGGGGUACUGGCCUCCUAAGUCACCCCUACCCCAUCCUGGGCCCUGCCCUGGUCCUCCCAUGAGGCCUCAGCCCAGUCACAACUGCCAUUUCCUAUCUCUGCUGAGUGUCUCAGACCCUUGAGACUGCCACUCUGUUGUGGUUUUAUUUUUAAUAUAGAGAGAGUUUUGAAUUCCACACUGUUGUCUUUCCUCUGUGCUGGCCUAGGACAGUAGGAUUCCUUCCACGGCUCUGGCCGCAAGGACCAUCGCAGGUCCUGGGCACUGUCCCUGCCUUGGCAGCGCCCCGCCCUGGCCCGCACAGCCUCGCCGGGCUCCUGGCUAGAUAUAGGCAAGGUGGGGAAGAGCCUAGGACUCCAGCCCGCUGCCACUGGGUGACACAGACCGUCGUUUGGGCAUUAUUUCAUGGCAGAUGGGCCAGCCCAGGGCCUGCCCCGCCUUGCCCCCAAAUCCUACUGGGGUCCAUUUGGGGGGUCCUGCUGCACUCCACUGAUCCCCGAGGAAGUCUAAUAAGUGAUACCCAGCCAGAGUCUACUCACUGUCACAAGCACAACGAGCUUAUACAAGAAAGCACUGAGGGGGCGCAGAGGGCCCGCUGGUUCCAGAGGAACCACAGCUGUUCCUGAUCAACCCACAUCAUCUGAGGCCUGCCCGCCCACCCCGCGACCCUCCUCUCCCUUGCUGCUCCACCCCUGCCAGUGCCCAGCCCGGCGGCUCGGAGAAAGGGUUCCUGGAACUCUUCCUGAGCUGUGCCAUUUACUCAGGGGACUCCCAAACAGCCAGCCGCCAGUGCCGGUGGAGGGCUGCAAGGGAGGGCCAGUGCCCAGACAGGGGUGUGGGGCUCAGCCUCCCCCACUUAGAGAAUUGCUCUGGGGCUCCAACUUCCUUCCUUCCUUCGGGGCCAGUCUCGGCCCAAGUCUGGUCACUCCCAGACAACUGACCUGACCAGACCAGACCGUUUGCCUUUUCAAAUUUUCCAGUCCAGCUAAGAGACGAGCUUCUUCCUCAGUUUCCUUUUGGAAACUCCUCCUUCCAACAAGCAGUGGGAUCCCGGGGCCUGGGAUAGGGUUCAAGUCUUGCUGAAUGUUCCUGGUUCCUCUAUUCCUAUGAGCCGUGACCCCCUCUCCUGGCUAUGCCUUCCCUCCCCACCACCGACCCGCCUGCCACCUUUUCCGUUCCACCCUCUAGGUCCCAGGUAGUUGCUCUGAAGAGUUUCAGUGGAGAGGCCCCAGGGUGAUAGCUCAGGGAACAAACAAACAAGGAAUUCAGUGAAAACAUGGCUUUUUUUCUUUCAUGAAUUACUCCUGGGUCACUUCCGCCACUGGUGAAGCUAGAACUUCUCCAACAAGAACCUUGCAAAAGUCCAGUGAAUCAGUCGAAUCAUUCUAUGGAUGCCAAAGAAUAUUUUGACCAUAACACAGCACAGCCUGGACCUGACAACUUGUCACUUGGACUUUUUUUUUUUUCUUUUAAUGGAGUUCUUUAGCAACAAAGUGUAGAGAUGUGUUCAUUGCACACACCCAAGGAGACGAGCCUGAGCUCUUGGAAACGGAUGCUGUUCUGCUGCUGCUCAACUGUUCAAAUUGGGAAGCGGGACCUAGCAUUGGAUUUCAGGUCCGGGGCUGGGUCCAACGUGAGCUUUCCCAAACUCAGACUCACAGAGGGGGCGAAGAAUCCUGACCGCAAAACCAGCGUGGCAAAAGUCUUUACCAUGUGGUUCCCCUGACACAGAUACACAACCUGCAAAUCAGCGGGAUGGGGAGCAGCUUGACCACCCACCCCUGACUCCGGAACUUUCAAGGUACGACAGCGGCAUUGUCAUCGACACUCCGUUUCAUGUGGGAAUUUUAGCAAAAUAGGAAGCAAAGAUAGGACUCCGUUCAGAAGAUCAGGCAAAUUGGUCCAGGUGGAAUGGAUUCAGGACAGGCUUCCAGGAUUCUGGGCAUUGGGGUGGCACAAGGUACCAUGUAGAGUUGAGUCGGCCUGCCUCCUUGGCAGUCACGGCCAGUGCAGUGUCCGCACCGGCGCUCCAAUCCCUGUUCUCUGUUUACUGCCUUUGAACAGCCCUCCUUCCCCGUGCUUUGGGUCACAAUCUUGUCUGUACUGGAUUGCCCGGUCUGACCUCGCAGGAAGCCAGGGGACGAGCUUAAAGAACAACCAAACUCUGCCGGGGGUGGGGGUGGGGUGUCAGGAAUGGCUCAGGCCCAGCAGACUCAGCACUUGCCCCCUCACCCAUUCAUGGGUUCCAAGGCAGAGUCUGGGCUCCCGGGGGGCAGGAGAGAACUGGGCAGAGAAUGUAGCGUGGCUGGCCAGGGUCUGGUCUGGGUAGGCCAGGCAGGGGGCAGCCAGCUCUCUUUGGGGGGCCUCUGCCCAGGUUGGCCUCUUGAUUUUCUUCUGUGUUGGCUUUUGACUUUGGACUGGACUCUCCCUGGGGCCAUGUCCUGCACAGGGAUCUAUCUGUUCGGCCAGCUGGUGAGGGAAGUAGGGGGCCUUCACUCCUAGGCCAGGCCCUAGAGCUAUUCUUGCCGGGCAGCUGUCCACCUUUAGGGCACCCAGCAAGACUACGCAGAGGUCAAGGAUGCUGGUCCCCACCACUGUCAUUUCCUCCAUUAGCCACAGCCCCUUCACUCUCUCUCUGGUCUACUGCUCACCAUGUGGACAGCUUUGCCACCCCUGGUGUUGAGCUCGGAAGCAGGGAAGAAAGCAGGAGGCCUUUUGCAGGCCAUAGGCCGAGGCAGAGCCCAUGCUUGACCACAUCUGUCCCCACUCACUGGCCCUCUUCUGGGAGGGAGAAGCUGCUCUGUUACUCAUUCUGUCAUUCCCCAUUUUCCCAGUCCAGGCUGCACAGCUCCACCUUCCCCCUUUUCACAGUGAGAAAAGGAUAAGUUGCAAGGAAAGUAUUUUUAUGGAUCAUAAAUGUAUUUUAAAGUGACUAAGGAGAAGAAAGGUAGAAGGCUUUAUUUUAUUAAAUGAGCUCUCUGACUUUGUGACAGUGUGUGAGCGUUUGUAAUAUGAGGGUCUCGAUUUCCUUCGAGAAGCCCCCGAGGUUUCCACACGUGGGUGCCGGGCUAUAGGUGUGUGCGUCUGUGCCAGGGCACAUCUUCUGUGUCCUUGUGCAUGCGUGUUUGUGUGUCAUGUAUGGGCACGUUGUGGGACUGGCUGGGGCAAUUUCUAGAGAAUCACCUGUGUGCUACUAACAGACGUUGGCAGCAGCCAAACUUGGCAUUUCCUUGCUCAUGGCCAGAUGUGGCCAGCCUCUGCCCACGCCCAGAGCUCUGCAGAAUGGUCCGGAUGCCUGUCACAAGGCCCUUGGGGAGGCCACUUCCCACACCCCUGGCCCAGCUGGCCACAUUGGCCAAAGAGCCAGGGCUGGAGUCUGGGACUUUUGGUUGUUCUUUAAGGCACUUCCUGCCACCUUGUCCCUCAGACACACAAAACACUCUGUGCUCCGCAAACGACUCGGGGUGGGGGGAUGAUAUGAAUGUCACAGGAGGCGACACCUUCUGUCCUUGUUUCAAAGAAAGUGAUGUGCCAUUUGUUAAUAUACAAGAGAAAUAUUGAAAAUAUAUUGAAAAGAGCAAUUUUAAAUUAUUUUUGGCUUAUGUUGCAAUAUUUAUUUUCUUGUAUUAGAAAAGAUUCCUUUGUAGAGAAAAAAUGUAUUUUUCAUUAACGCAAAGACCUAUUUCUCCUUUUUGUACAUUGUCCACGUUCGCUCCCCUUAACGAGCAAUAGAAUGUAUGGCCGCCUCGCCGCGGCCAGUGCCCGCGUGCCCUGCAUGAUUCCGUGUUGCCGCUGCUGCGUAGCUCCCACUCCCAUCCUGUCCUGCUCACUCAUGGGGCUUUCUGGACCCGGGCUCCCACCAGGGCCAGUGUCUCAAGGAGCCCUUUGCACUCCUCGUGUGUUGGCAAACGCAGUUAAUAAAGCAAUGUUUUCUGUGC